UAUCACACCUUUUCUGUUCGCAGGGCGGCAUCUCUGGCAACAGGCUACAAGGUGGCACCCCUAAACGUACGCGACGCUGUUCUCUUACCUAUCCAAGUCACUUUUACACGAAACAUUGACGGCAACGAGAAGCUGAUCAAGAGGACAUUGUUCGGCCCCAUGAAUCCCUACCCACAGAAGAAGGUAAUCACUUUCAAUAAACACACCGACGACUUCGGCUUCCACGUCAACUAUGCUGAGCUAGACCACAUUCCUUCCAAUGAAAUCGCGUUCAUCGGAUCCGUGAACCUUAGCCAAGUUCUGUUGAACGGAGUUGGUGCAGCCUUAGCUAAGCACACUGGCGAAAACAUUGAACACAAGGGAAUCAAGGCGCACUUUAACAUGGACGACUCUGGUCUUCUAAACUUGGUUAAUGUGGAAUUUGUUGCUGAGAAAACUGUAACAGAUGAGGAUGAUGACAAAGACAGCACCUUGUCUAAGAUCGGAAGCACGAUAAGCAAACUCUUUGGAUCAGAUGCUGAAACUCCAGAAAAGGUAGAAGAAAAACCUGAAGAACAACCCCAAGAUGGUGAAGCUAAAAAUGAAACAAAGAAGAUAAAUGAGACGGAAACAGAUAAGCAGAAUGCUACUGAACCCGAGGUCAAACCCAAGCCAAAGAUAGUCGUUCUUAAAGAGCCUGUCAAGUCUGAGGAACAACACAUAAACUUGCAACCUCUUUCACCAGAACAGUUCAAAACUUCCAAAGCGAAGAUAGCAGAGCUGAACUUGGUUGAUAAAAAACGAGUUGAGCGAGAAACUGCGCUUAACAACUUGGAGGCUUACGUCGUAGAUGUACAAAUGAAGUUGGAUAUGGAUGAGUAUGCCGAAUGCGGAACUCAAGAACAGAUCGAUGAGAUAAAGAAACUUUGCACUGAGACAUCCGAAUGGUUAUACGAAGAUGGUUAUGAGGCGGCCACAGACUUGUUUGAGGCUAAGUUAGCUGCCAUCAAGGAUAAAACUAACCCAAUAUUCUACAAUUUUUGGGAACAUAGGGAGAGGCCCGAUGCCAUCGCCGCACUCCGCAACUUGUUAAAUAACUCAAGCGAAUUCCUUAAAGUGGCAAGAAACCUUACAAAGGACUUCAAUCCUGACAAGGAAGUGUUCACUGAUGUCGAAGUAAACGUAUUAGAGAAAAAGAUUGAUGAGACCGGGUCUUGGCUCAAGACAUCUAUCAAGGAGCAAAACGCUUUGAAAAAGAACGAAGAAGUCAAACUAACAGUGGAAAGCAUUAGAGAGAAGUUGUCAAGCUUAGACCGUGAAGUGAAGUAUAUGUUGAACAAGAUGAAAAUAUGGCGACCAAAGAAGCCGGUUAAGAAGGAAGCUGAAAACAAAACUGAAGAGCCUAUUCUUGAGCCAGAAACGGUUGAUGAGGAGGAGAAAGCUGAAGAUACGCAGGAGGAGAAGCCGGCCACAGAAAAAGCUGAGGAAACCGAGACCACUGAACCACCGCUGCAGCUUUCCGAUGGCGAAGACGAACAUUCCGAGUUAUAAUAACCGUGUCAAGUAAUUUAAUGUAUUAGAUUAAUUUAUUUUUUAUUUAAAUGACUUGUUUGUGUGGCUUGUUUGUUUUAAUAUGUGGAUCAGUAAGUUUGAUUAUAUCAAUUUAAUUGUAUAUUUUCGCAUUUAGUUCUUCCAUCCAAUUUGUAUUUAUUUGGGGUACUUUUAAAGUACUUUUAUGUUGUGGGUUGUCAAGCUGUAGUGAUCUCAAAUUAAGAGAAUUUAAUAAUAACCAGUGUUGUGCAGAAAGCGGCGACCUACUUUAAUUUAUUUAUUUGGGUAUAAUUAAGAGACGGGGUGUUAACGGAUUAAAAAAUAACUCGAUUCUUCAUAUGCUAACUAGAAUGAAACAUAACCUAAGUAGUAAUAGAAUUAAUCAUUAUGAAUGGUAGCCUUUCAAUAUGUACUAGAUCCGUAAACUUAUAUAAUAAUUAAUAAUAUAGUAAAUGAAACUCUUCGUUACCGAAAACGAACAAGCCACCGAUAUGAACUUGCUAUAUAAUCUCAAAUCAAACUGUGGCCGCCUUCAUUAUUCCAUACUCACAGAAUUUUUAAUAUUUCUUAUUGUAUUCGUUUUUUUAAAUAUUAUAUUCAUUUUUUUUUUACAAAAGAGCGGCUUCUCUCUAAGUUUAGCAGUGGCCCCAGUAGUAGCGGACGCGAGAGUGUAAUGUAUUUAUAAUCGUACCUAAACUUUAUGUGAUAUAUUAAAGGCUAUAAGUUUGUGUGAGGAUUAUACUGUUUUUCUACUACAGACACAGUGUAAGCACAAAUUGUACCGGAGCAGAUUAAUCUGUUAUCCUUGAAUGAAUUUGUUAUUUUCUAAGUGAUUUGUGUGUUAACGUACGAAUUUAUUCAUCUUAUUAGUUUGAUCCACUGAUAUACGUGAGAUUUCCGAUGUUAGCCUUCCUAGUUAUAUAUUAACUGUGUAGAAUAAAUGUAUGGUGGUGCGGACUAAUAAUUAUAAAAAAAACUUGAUCAUAAUAUGCGACAUCACAACACCCGAAUGCUUGAAAGUAGUUAAUUUUCUGAAACCUAUGUGUCAAAUAAAGGGACCUAAGUAGUUAUUUACAAUACAAACAGAGGCUAGGAAUUACUCUCUUUUCUCAUGACUUAUUCAUGAUUAUGUAGGAUGCGUCCGUACCGUCGCGAGUGCCUGCGAUACACAGAGCAGUAAACUAAUGGAGAUAUGGAAAGGUCUAUAAUGAAUGAAUUUGAAAACAUCUGUCGGAAAACUAAUAAAAGAGCAAUUUUUAUUACGAAAAAUCAAUCGCUGUUCGUAAGUUUGGCUGUACGCGGUCAUUGUUCAACAAUAUCUAUAAAGUAACGCACAUUAAAGUUAUUCCUUUGCAGUAAACGAUGAACACUCCAUUAUUUUACUAGUCUGUAUUACGAACCAAUUUGAUGUGUCCGUAGAAGUGAAACAGUGUGCGGACUCAGGUCUUACACUUGUAUUGUUUUAAGUGAGAUUCGUUAAAUACCCAGUCGCAAAUGGAAAUAAAUUAUACAUGAAUGAA